GGACUGUCAGGACAAAGCUUACGGAGGCGGCAUCUUCUGUGGCCAGGAAGACGAGGCCAACAAAAACAAAACUUCUGCAUUAGAUUUUGUCCCUGGCAACCCUGACUUGCCUGAUGAUGGAGAAUAUCAAUGGUUAGCAGCGCGACUUGCACUUGCUAAGCACCUGCUGGCAUCGCUGCUGGUGUACUACGCUCAGCCUCAUAGGAAGUGCGAGCCUAGUGUAGUGGUCAACCUCAUCACACUGGCACAGGGUGAAGGCGUGUGCGGGGGGGUAGUGGCCCCUGGGGGCCAGUCAUGCCAGGCCGCUGUGGCGACGCUCCUCAGGGACAUAGACGCUCUGCACUCCCUCCUGCUGGUGCUGGUUAUUGAUACUGACGAAGACGUCAGAUCACAUAAGCUUUGUGCACCACAAUGGCGGGAGAAGCUAGAGUUGCUCAUAACUGAGUUCGGGUCUCGCCCCGGCCACCUCCCGCCCCUGCUGGCGUGGUGUGUGCUGCAGGGGCGCCGUGCCCUCUGUGACACCAACGGCGCCUCAGUGCCUUCGUCGGAGGUGCAGCGCUACAGCAGGAUGGCCGUGAGAGCUGUGGAUGGGGGCGUCAUGGCCUGCCUACACAACUUCCUGAACAACCAAGCCGUUGUUAGCGACGCGCUGCUGAAGGAGGUGUGCGCGAGCAUCGUGUACUCGGUGGCGUGCGUCGCGGCGACGCAACUCAACAUCGACCCCAGGGCGCCGUGCAGCGCCCACCUCAGCGCCCUCGCCGUCGCCUGCGUCGCCAGUCCCGUCCCCGCCCACCUCUUCUGGGCUGAAGAAGAAGGUACCGCCGCGGUGCUGCUGCCAGACGCCCACCUGGUGUUCCCUGAACAACCGCGUCCUCUGCUGUCUCUCUGCACCGCCCUCGCCUCCGCCAGUGCACCCAGCUGUGCUAAGGUGAUGGAGCUGUUAUCAGAGAUGCCGAGCUUGACAUGAGGUAUGACCAGCACCUCCCUGGCGGGGCACUGCAGGGAGGUGGGGGGGUCACAGCUCA